CUUACAGUCACGUGAGAUGCAUGUGACGGUGGCCAACUGUGCUCUUCCUGCAAGGCUGAAACACUUCAAAUGAAAGAGACAUACACGACAAGAACUACGCUGAUCUAACCCUUGGUUCAGGAGGGCGUGAUAAUCUCUAGAGAAAAGAGAUAAAGCGAGAAUAAGUCUCUCUCUCAUAAUACCAUCGGACAGCCUGCAUUUCGAGCAGAGGCACUGUUGAGAAGUGAUGGCCUCUUUUUGUCGUCAAAAAGUCCGUCCGCGAAAUGGGGCGUCACUUUCGGACUAUGAUUCUGAGCCUUUGACAGCCUGAUAAGCUGGUUCAACAUCCAGAAAGAGCUUUGGAACUGGCAUUGAUCUCCUAUGAUCUACGUCCAAACUCCGUCACUAAACACACUUUCAGUCCUCCUGCAAUCUCGUGUCGCGAGGCCUUGCGAUAGUCCUCAGCAAUAUUCUCAAACUCAUCUGUGACAAGAGGAAUCGAAUGUCAGUGGAGUUGUCGUUGGUCUUCAUGGUCUGGAUUCCCUACCUUCAGCUGUGAACGCCCAGGACGGGUCAUACUUUCCUUGAACAACCAGGUCCAGCAAGAAGGGAUAAUACUAUACCAAUAUAUCAGCCAUCCGUGAGGUCGACACAAGAUAUUUGCUACUAUAUUAUGCUUCGCACCUUUUGAGCUGGAACUUGGCCUCCUUGCACUGUCAAGCUCUUCUGCAUCAACAUCCCAAUUGGAAAAUCAUUGGUGGUGAAGAAGAAAUCUCCCACCAACGCGAUCUUGCCACCCUUUCGAGUAGCCUUGAGGAUGGCAGAUAUCGUGUCGCAGCUAUCACGUUCCAGACCAAGAGCACGCUGUGCCGCAUGGGCCGGUUUCUGCGUGCUUCGGAAUCCACUAGCCUCGAUACUCUUGUCCAUCCCAUGCGGCUCGAUCGACAGGAUAUAGUCAGCUACUUCCGGAUGCGCGGCUACGUCAACUGGAUUCAUGCCAAAGUAUUUUGCGAGACGGAGCCGGUGUGGAUCUUUAUCCAUCCCGUACACCUUGCUGGCGCCCCGGAGGCGUGCCAACUGCUGAAUUGAGAGACCCAGAGGUCCGCAUCCCCAGACCCCAACAAUGUCACCGUCUCCUACUUGGGCGAGCUCGCAGGCAUGCCAUGCAGAUGGAAUUACGUUAGAUAACGCGAGGAGUUUCUUCGCAUCUAGUUCCUUUGGCACCUUGAUGCAAGUCAUAUCCGCAAUAGGAACGCGACAGUACUCGGCUUGAUUCCCCGCAUAACCACCACGGAAAUGGGUAUAGCCCAGGAUCCCUGAGAUGCGGUGCCCGUACGUCUUUUCCAUCUUCUCGGAUGGGUUGGUUGCAUCGCAAAGCGAGAACUCCUGUCGCUUGCAGUAUUGGCAGUUCCCGCACGCAAUGAUGGGUAGUAUAAUGACCCUGUCUCCCACCUGGAUCUUUUGCACUUCGGAACCCACCUCCUCCACAAAUCCGAUUGCCUCGUGACCUAGGAUAUCGCCCCUUUCCAUGGCAUCGUUUAGGUCUCCUUCGUACAGAUGAAUGUCGGACCCGCAGAUGGUCGUGUGUGUGACAUGGACGAUGGCGUCGUGGGGAUCGGUGAUGGUGGGCUUGGGGACAACUCCGAGCUCUAUAUUUCGUGUACCCAUCCAUUGGGCUGCUUUCAUCUUUUCUGUGGGAUGCGGUUUGUAUGCGGUGUUCGUGAUGGGGCUGCCAGCGUUAGUCUCACUGUCGACUCGUGUGGCAGGAACAGGUAUGACCUUCGCAUCGUUGUCAUCUUGAUUGCUGAUCAACAAGAAUGCUUAUUAGGAAGAUAUUUAUUAUUCGUUGAGGCAGCUCUUGGCUAACACUCUGAGUUGACUAUUCUUUAAAGGGCUUGUGUGUCUGUCAUAGCGAUGCGAUAUUAGCGUGGUGGUUCCUGGGCUCCGGCAGGCCACCCUGAGCUCGCAGUAUACCUAACCCUUAUGUCAUUUUGCAUAUUGUUUGGAAACUGUUUCAGGAAGGCCUAUUUGUCCCAGGGAUAUUAUCAACCCGACAUUUUCAUGGAUGUCGACAAAACCAUGAGGCUUCUCAUUCUCUAACAUAUGCAUCUCUCAUCGAAAUCAAUCUCUAGCACACGGUGGUCCGCCGAUAUCUCGGGCAGUUUCGCUACGAUAUUCUGCCAGCAGUGCGACUCCUCCAUCCGAGAAAUAGACUCUCGCCGGGAUUCAAGUCCGCAAUGAGAUUAUCCACUGCCAGCAAAGAGGAUGUCUUAGGUCGGACUAAUGGAAGGCAUUAAGACCAUAGACGGGAAGCUUGACACAAAAUAUGAUUAGUAGCAAUUGAUUACAUGUCUCUGAUUAAUCGUCCCUGCACAGUGAUGAUUGCCGGUAGUCGCGGUAGUCUAUUAUUAGUACUGUUCCUGUGAGCUUGAAUCAUGACACUCCACUGAGAGGAACGUGCAAUCCGAAUCUCUCGUGAACUCGCAGCUUCACCCAGGAUGCAAGUAAUCAGCUGUAUCAUCGGCGUCUGUCAUCGCGGCCUGAAGCCAAGGAACGCCGUGCCGAAGGGGAGAAAGAGUUGUUCCCCGCAUGACUGACUUCUCAAAAACAUCUCUGUGACUCUGGCCAAUGUCGACCGGCAAUGGAUCCAACCCAGCUCGGGGAUCCGCAGCAGACGCCCGUACGCGCAACCUCCGCUGAAGCUCCAAGUAGCACCAAAAAGCGAUGGCGACGGAAUCGUAUUGCUUGUGACUCAUGCCAUUCACGUCGCGUUCGAUGCGACAGAGCAUUUCCUUGUUCGCGCUGUCUCCGAAGUGACAUACACUGCGAAUUUACUCGGGAACGGCGGAAGCGCGGGCGGAUCUCGCGAAAACAGCUGGCGGAGAGCGGCGCUUUGACGGGGAAUAAUACUAGCAGUGGGAGUAAUAUGCUGAAUGGUGGCAGAGUUGCUCCGGUUACAACGGCGACGACGUCCGCAUCGCCAUCGUUGCGGAAAGGCUCACCGACGUCGAGCGACCGCAAUCAGUCACCAAACCUCGACGAUGUGGCCGACGCUUCCGCCGCUAGUGUUGGGGACGGUCAUGUACUGGAAAAUGGACCUGCAGCUCCUCAAGGAGUAGCAACAGGAGCGGGGAAUCCCACGGAGGAGUGGCUGUCGGCCGCUCACGUAUCCCCGGAAUCAUAUAUGGGCUGGGGAGAUGUUUCCCUUCCAAGGCCCUUGGAGAUGUGGGCAGAGCAUGGUCUGGCUGGGAGCCAAGUCCCUCGGUCCACGGAUUCGAAUAUAGGCAUGAGACGGAGGUCAACGGUAACAGAGCCGCCGCGUCCGUUGAAGUAUCCAGUGCUGCAACCAUUGAUGCCUUUUCUGGAAGGCUACCUGUCGCGCAGAUUGGCCUUUGAUCUCCUCGAACUAUACUUCACCAGCGCUUUCUCCAUCCACGUCCACCCAGUGUGUCAUCACAUCCAUUGCUAUAUUUUACGCAAGUCUUCGUUUCUCAGCCGUGAGGCUCCUCGACAGAGCAGCCCAGCUUUAUUAGCGAGUAUGCUUUGGGUAGCAGCGCUGGACCAUCGCGCUUUUGCUUUGUCCAUCUCGCCGCACCAGCGAAAGAGAAUCUGCCAGUUUCUAUGUUCUCUGACAAUCCGGCUGCUUAGACCCUUGGUGCACGUCUCGAUGGCGGGGGAGGGCCUGUCGGCGGGAAGAAACGACUCCGCGGAUGCAGGUCAUGGACAAUCCCCUGCUGCUAUAUUCCCAUUGGAAGCGACAGGGGAUGACCGUGGACUGGUGGGCCCUGCAGGCUCACUAGAUGAUGUUAUCACGUACAUUCACGUCGCCUCUAUUACCUCAGCAAGUGAGCAGAAGGCUGCAAGCAUGCGUUGGUGGCAUGCGGCUUUUACCUUGGCUAGAGAGCUUAGGUUGAAUCAAGAAAUUGAAGGGCUUCCGGAUGUUGAGAUACAAACAGACGCAUCAUCACCCUCGUAUCCGUACCCUUUAGACAACUCCACUCAAGAGCGGCCCGUCUUGAAUUGUGUUUGUGACAAAAGUCGCGAGAUGCAGCAUAAUGUUACGGAAGAAUACCGUGAAGAACGACGCCGAGCAUGGUGGCUGCUGUACAUUAUGGAUCGACACCUCGCUCUCUGUUACAAUCGGCCAUUGGCUCUACUCGAUGCAGAAAGCGAGGACCUGCUGCUGCCGCUCGAUGAAGGCACAUGGCAGGCCGGCGACAUUCACACGAACAGCCCUAAACCCAAUGGCCCUCAGUGUCUAAUAUCAGGCGAUAAGAAUAAACGCCGUGUGUUCCCCGAUUUCCUCUGCCAUGAUCAUUCUAUCUUCGGCUUCUUCCUACCAUUAAUGGCUAUCACGGGCGAGUUGAUUGAUCUCAACCAGGCCCGAAACCAUCCCUUGCUCGGCUCGCGACUCCAAGCCAGUGAGGCUCUGAAUAUUCACAUCAACGAAGCCAUGCGCCAACUCGAGAUCUACAAGGCCAGUUUAUUGGCUUUUGCGGCAAAAGUCCCCAACACGGAGGCGCCGCUUCCAAACAACCAUCAACCUGAACCUACUCAGCAGGUAUCGUCAGCAGCCCAGGCUGUUAACCCCGAGCAUAUCUCUCCUAUAAAGCCGCAUCCCCCUCAGGCAUAUUUCUGGCACACGCAGACAGUGAUCGCCUACGCUUCCUACUUGGUUCAUGUCCUGCACAUAUUGCUCAUGGGCAAAUGGGAUCCCGUGACCUUGAUCGAGGACAAGGACUUCUGGACCUCAUCUCCCGCGUUCGCCUCCACGAUCUCCCACGCCCUAGAGGCAGCAGACUCGGUCGAGCAGAUUCUCCGAUUCGACCCGGACCUUAGCUUUAUGCCGUAUUUCUUUGGGAUACAGCUGCUUCAAGGCAGUUUCUUAUUACUUCUCAUCGUUGAACGGUUGCAAAAGGAGGCAGGAGAAGGCAUUCUGAAUGCGUGCGAGGUUAUGAUCCGUGCCACGGAGUCGUGCGUCGUCACUCUCAGCACUGAAUAUCAACGCAACUUUCGUCAGGUUAUGUGGAGUGCUGUGGCUCAGGCGCGGGGCCGUCCGGUAAAUCACAGCGAGAUACGGCACCGACGGAGAGCAAUCUUGGCCUUGUAUCGGUGGACGAGGAAUGGGACGGGGUUGGCACUUUGAUUUGGGACUGCACCCUUUCAUAGAUUUUAGUCCGUGAGGGUUGAUUCCUGUGCGAGGCGUGGUCUAUAUAUAGUGAUUGCUGGUGUGUAAAUAGUGGAUUUAUACAAUUGCGCCAGGGACGCUGUUCACUUGCAGAAGGACAAGCUAUGUCUCUCGAUACUCUAAUACUACAUAUACAAUUCUCAUCGCA